GAUACUAAAAUGGGAUUGCAUCACCUUUGUUAGCCCAAAAAGACAUCCAAACUAUGUGCAUGGCUUCGGUGAAGGCCACCGCUUGUACCACUCCUUCAGAUAUUGCCUCGAUUUCCCACAAACCACAACAUCCUCCUACCUUAUCCUCAAACCACCCCUUCUUCUCUAUUAAGGUUCCCGAAUCCUCGAUUGAUGGAGAACCCAUUCCAGGAGUUAGUCACAAACCCCAGGAUCCAGGUGGUUCUAGCAAGCAAUGGAGAGUUUCUACCGCUGGAGACAGCAAUGUUCUUUCUACAACAACCAGACUUCCUAGGGCCUCAACCAUGGAGCGAACAUCGGAUAAUGCGAGCAUGGCGAAGCCCGCUAGUAUUAAAAAAAGAGUUGAAUCCCCAGGAUUUCAUCCACUUGAUGCAGAUCCCAACUCUGGAAACGCCAACGAGGUCAAAUCUACUCUCUGUUUGGGACUUAAAUUUCAGCGCAGGAAGCACCUCAAUAGGCAAAAUGGUUGGCCUUAUCAAACCACACAAGCUGUUUUUUCCCCUGAACCACCCAUACUGCAGCUGCCUGCACUUGUUGGGCUCAAUGAAAAUGGUAUACCUGUUCACCCGAAUCCUUCCACAUCCCUAAAUCCAGAGGGAGAUGGAAUUAUAGCUUGGAAUUGCCGCGGAGCGGCCAAUCAAAAUUUCAUGCGCCAUUUCAGGGAUUUAAAGAACACUCAUGCUCCUGUAAUGAUGCUAAUUUUGGAAACCAAAGUUGCCGGUGAGCGUGCUUCCCAAUUAGCUUUGGGUUUAUAUCCAAAGUACCACAUUGUGGAUGCAGAGGGAUAUGCUGGGGGUUUAUGGCUUCUUUGGGAUGACAACCAGAUUGUGGUGGACGUAGUAGCAACCAGCUCUCAAGCUAUUCAUACAACUGUUAAGGAACUUCUUAACAUGGCAGAGCAUUUUAAGGGUCCUUGGAUUAUUGCCGGGGACUUCAACGAUGUUUUAUUCCAAUCCGAGAAAUUUGGGAGCUCCCCUGUUAAUCAAUCUCAGAUUGAGGCAUAUUCUUCUUGUAUGAAUGGAUGUAAUAUGAUGGAUCUUGGAUUCACUGGUGGCCGCUUCACUUGGGUUAACAUGCAAUUCAAUGGUCAUAUCAUUCGUGAAUGCUUGGAUAGGGUCUGGGGUAACCUUGAGUGGAGAAUCUCCUUUCCACAAGCUACUGUUUUUCACCUUCCCAGAGUCCAUUCUGAUCAUAAUCCUAUACUUUUAUAUCUUAACCCCUCACGUUUGGCUAUUGGGAAACAACCCUUUCGAUUGGAGAAAUUCUGGAUUGACCACCCAGAAUUUCAAAGCUUGGGGCAAGGAGUAUGGCAAUCAAGCAAGCUUUCUACAAGUCAAUGUAUUUCCAAUAUGAUGAGUAGAGCUGAGUCUUGGAGUAAAGCCACCUUUGGGAACUUGUUCAAGCGAAAAAAGAAAAUUCUUGCUCGAUUGGAGGGUAUUUACAAAUACCUAUCCCUUCGACACAAUGUUUUCCUUUCCUGCCUAGAAAAAGAUCUAGCCCUUGAAUACGCAGAUAUCUUGAAAUUUGAGGAGGACCUCUGGUUUAUGAAGUCUAGAACUAAUUGGCUUCUAGAAGAAUGGGAUUCUUCUCAACUGCAAUUAUCUAGCUUGGCCCAUCCUCCCACUAUGGAUGAGAUUUGGAGGGCUCUCAACAGCAUGAAACCCUUUAAGGCACCAGGAUCGGAUGGGGUUCAUCCUUUUUUCUAUCAGAAACUCUGGGAACAUACUAGAUCCAAAGUUUGUAUUGACAUUUUGCAAGCUUUUUCCAGUAGUACUGUGCCUCUUGGGUGGAAUAACUGCCUUCUUGUGCUGAUCCCUAAGGUUGAGAACCCGGAAUCUAUCACGCAGUCUGGCCAAAAGAUUAAUACAUCCAAGUCUGGUAUUUUCUUCUCUAGAAAUGUGGAGCAUAAUUCUAGAGAAGAGCUUUGCAGUAUCCUAGAAUUUCCUCAAACAGAGAACUUAGGGAAGUAUUUGGGCGUCCCUCUUUCCCCUAGGAAGCUUAAGAAGCAAGAUUGCAACUUCAUAUUAGACAAGUCUUUUAUGCUACCUUCUUCCACUCUUUCUCAAUUAGACAAGAUCACUCGUGACUUUCUUUGGGGAUCGGACUUGCUAAAGAGAAAGAUACAUAUGGUUGCCUGGGAUACAGUGACUCUCCCUAAGUCUCUUGGAGGACUUAGCCUGAAAAGUGCCAAGGAGGCUAACCUGGUUGCAAUGGCCGAGCUGAAUUGGAGAUUAUUCUCAGAAAGAGACAAACUUUGGUGCCAGAUAAUUGCUUCAAAAUAUGGAAUUGGGACACAGCCCUCCCCCAUUCCUAGGAAUGGUUCCCCAAUGCUUAAUAACAUUAGGAAGGGUAGUGAAUUAUUCCAAAAAGGUAUUAAAUGGGUGCCUUAUAAUGGGCGAUCCAUUUCCUUUUGGAAUGAUUGCUGGGUUAUGGAUGCCCCCCUUAGCAACCUAUUAUCCGAACCUAUCUCUUCACAAGACAGGCAGCUCACCGUUGCUGAUGCUUUCGUUAACGGAAGGUUUCAACCCAAUAACAUCUCCUAUCCUAUUGAAGAGGAUUUAGUGAGAAUCAUCUCAGCUACCCCGACUGCCAUAACUUCUUCCAGCACUGACUCUUUUUGCUGGAAAGGAUCAUCUGAUGGCUCCUUUUCAUCAACCUCUACGUAUAACCUUGCUAAAGGUCUACACCACUCACCCAAAGGAGACUGGAAAUGGAUAUGGAAAAUCCAAACCCUUCCUAAGAUCCAACAGUUCAUAUGGCUUUUAUCUCAUGAACGCCUCAAAACCCUUGGUUAUGAGGAGGAUUCACCUUUCUUUUUAUGGCUCCAAAUGAAUUGUUCUAAGACUACCCCUAGUCCUUCAAUUCCUGUCCAAUGGGGAACUCUUUUCUCCUUUGUCAUCUGGAUCAUUUGGCUGCAGAGGAAUGAGAAAAUAUAUCGGCCACAGAGUUAUGACCCCAACCGGGCAAAAAUCUUAAUUAAAGAAAGGGCAAUGGAGUUCAUCUCCACUUCUCCCUAUCCUACAACUGUUAAUGGCUCCUUGGUUUGCAACAAUAUCAAAUGGGAUAAACCCCCUGAGGGUUAUUUCAAGUUAAACAUAGAUGGCUCUUCAUUGAGAACUUCUGGGGCUACUGCUUGUGGUGGAUUGAUUAGGAACUCAUUGGGUAGAUGGGUGGUUGGUUUUGCCAGAAAUAUAGGCAUUACCUCCGCUCUUGGUGCUGAAUUUUGGGGUGUUCGGGAUGGCUUGGUUAUGGCAAGGAACUGGGGUAUUCAAAACAUUAUUGUGGAGAUGGACUCCUUGAUUGUCUUUAAGUUACUUUCUAAUUAUGAUUCUGUUAAUCAUCCAUUUCAUACCAUGAUUUUGGAAUGCAGGGAACUGAUGGCUCAAAUCCCUCGUGUUCGUCUUCGUCAUAUAUUUAGAGAGGCUAAUCAGUGUGCUGAUCAUUUAGCUGCUAUAGGCCAUACUGUUACGGGGUUUGUUUGUUUUGUUAAUUGCCCGCAGGGCCUUGGAUUCGGAUAUGGUAAUCAUGACAAUCCAAGCUUCUCAAUCAAUGAGAAAAUUACUUUUAGUGAAGGAAAUAAUACGCUGGAUAUGUUGAGUAUGAUGGUUGGUCUUCAGAAUUAUGGGCCAUGGUUUGAUGUUCAAGGAGCUGGAAUUUUUUGUGUAGCUCUUGUAGAACUAAUUAAAGGCAAGAGGAAUGACCUUUCUUCAGGAACAUGGACCUAUCAGGGUACUUCCUUUGCUCCUGAAGGCAAUGAUCCAUUGGCCCUAAAUCUUUCAAGCAUGGGGAAGGGUCAAGCCUGGAUUAAUGGACAAAAGCAUAGGUUCUCCGUGAGGAGCAUGGUGGUGACCCGACAAAGAUUUCUGUGGUGGAACGAACUGGUCAAGAAAUAUGCUCAUUUUGUAUCUGAGACUGAUCCUCCACCAGUCGAUUCUUGGAAACCAAACUUAGAAUUCAUGUCUCAAAGUCCCAAAGCUCGACUGAAAUGUGAAAGAGGAUGGCACGUCACUUCAAUUAAAUUUGCCAGUUUUGGAUCUCCUGAAGGAAAUUGUGGUACAUUCAGCACAGAGAUCUGUCAUGCAGACAUAUCACCAAUAGUUAAAAAGUUUAAAUGGUAUUACAGGGCUGCAUUGGUCAGGGGGAAUGCUCAAUAUCUGUCUCCACAGCUCUCCAUAGCUAAUCUUGGCGACCCUUGCCUAGGAAUUCCUAAAAGCCUUGCAAUUGAGGCUCUGUGAAGUAACUGAAAAUUCCAAUAUCGUUGUACAAAAGGGAGGUUUUCUCCUUUACAAAUGAAGGGGUUAAAAGAGG